GAGAAAGGAAAUGCGCACCUUUCUCCGAAUUCCUAGUUCGAAGCGCGGGGCAGAGCGUUCUGCUCCCUCGUUCCUUCCGAGCCCCCGGGACAAUGGAGGGCUCUGAGGGCCGAGAUGCCCCCCGCGACCCGGGCCUGCAGCCGGGGAUGGGCCUCGAACUUGGGUUGCGGCGGGCGGGCGGGGCGGCCGCGGGCGGAAGCACACACCUGAUGGCUCAGUCCCCGAUGCCUCCCAAGCCUGAGGGCCUGAGUCAAGAUGAACUGCGCAAAAGGCUGUACCAGACGUUUAAGGAUCGGGGUAUACUGGACACUCUCAAGACGCAACUCAGAAACCAGCUAAUUCAUGAGUUGAUGCACCCUGUUUUGAGUGGAGAACUGAAGCCUCAGUCCAUUCCAGUGGAAGGGAGCGCGCUCUUAAUAGGCGCUUCCAACUCUCUUGUUGCAGAUCACUUACAAAGAUGUGGCUAUGAGUAUUCACUUUCUGUUUUUUUUCCAGAGAGUGGUUUGGCAAAAGAAAAGGUAUUGACUAUGCAGGAUCUAUUGCAACUCAUUAAGAUCAACCCUGCAUCCAGUCUCUACAAAUCACUGGUUUCAGGAUUUGAACAAGAAAACCAAAAAGGUUUCCUUAUGCAGUUUUUAAAAGAGUUGGCAGAAUAUCAUCAGGCUAAAGAGAGUUGUGAUACGGAAACUCAAACAAGCCCAACAUUUCCUAGCAAAGACUCUCUUGCUGAGAAGCUUCGGCUUAUUGAUGAUCAGUUUGCAGAUGCUUAUUCUCAUCGUCCGAAGUUAGAAUCUCUAGAAAGAAAGUUAAAUGAAUACAAGAGAGAAGUAGAACAGCAACUUCGGGCAGAGAUGGUUCAAAAGUUGAAGUAUUUUAAGGAUACUGAAAUAGCAAAAAUUAAAAUGGAAGAGAAAAGAAAGUAUGAGAAGGAAUUAGCUGAGUUCCGGAAUGAAUUUGACAGAGUUUGUCAAGCAAAAUCCGAAGCCCUCAUCUCUCGGGAAAAGAAUACCCUUGAGAGAAUUCAGAAGCAUCAGGAGAUUGAAACAAAAGAAAUUUAUGCCCAAAGGCAGGUUCUACUAAAGGAUAUAGACCUGCUAAGAAGCAGAGAAGCAGAACUGAAGCAAAGAAUUGAAGCUUUUGAAUUGUCCCAGAGGCUGCAAGAAGAAAAAAACAAAAGCGUGGACGAUGCACUUAAGAGACGGGAGCUGAAUAUAAAGACUCUUGAGGAGACCUAUGACCAAAAGCUCAAGACUGAACUUCUAAAGUAUCAACUUGACCUAAAGGAUGAAUACAUCACUAGAACCAACAGACUGAUUGAAGAUGAAAGGAAAAAUAAAGAAAAAGCUAUGCAUUUGCAAGAAGAGCUCACAGUUAUUAAUUCCAAAAAGCAAGAACUCAGUCAGUCUGUAAACCGUGUGAAAGAACUUGAGCUUGAGUUAGAAUCUCUCAAAGCCCAGUCUUUGGCAAUGUCAAAACAAAACCACUUGCUGAGUGAAAAGGUUAAAGGGCUGAGUGAUUAUUCACGACUAAAAGAAGAGAAACUGGAGCUGCAGGCACAAACUAAAUUGCUGAAACAACAACUGGAAGAGAGUAGAAGUGAAAACGUGCUUCUCCUAAACCGCAUAGCUCAGCCAUCUCCUGAGCUUGUGAUUUUUCAGAAGGAAUUAAAGAAAGCAGAAAAUGCUAUAGCGCUUGGGCAUAAGGAGUUUGAAACUCACAAGCAAGCUCUGGAAAAACGGCUGCAGAGUGAAAUUGAACAUUCAGCACAGCUGAAGGCCCAGUUGAUCGAUUACGAUGCGACUGUAAAGAGGUUAACUACACAGAUUGCCGACCUAAAAUUGCAACUGAAGCAAACCCAGACAGCUCUACAGAAUGAAGUGUACCGCAACCCAAAGCCAUCUCUGAUGGAUCGCUCCAUCACUGGAUUCAGAAGUGGCAGGAUGGUACCUCACGACGGUGAUAUAAGCGGAGAUUUCUUGAAGAAUCCUGUGGAACAGGAGAAGGCUCUGGCAGUUGCAGUUACACCAAGGGUCACAAGUCCCCCAGAUGCAGGCAUGGAGAGCAUUUCCCCCGAUUCUGACCUUGAAUUUGUAGCCAAUACUAAAGCCAGGGUAAAGGAGCUAGAACAAGAGGCCGAACGCUUAGAAAAAGCUUUCAGAAAUUACCAUCGAAGAGUCACUCAAAACCCAGGUACGAGCCCGCCACCAGCAAAGAGUCCGCUGCCCCUGUACUUGCUGGGAACUCUAAAAAAUGUCACUUCACGUUCCCCAGAAAGAGGUCUUUUUGCAGAGGACAGAAUUGUAUCUGAGCAGCCUCAGGUGGACAUUCUGAGAGAGGAAAAGAGCGACGCGUUGGAAGUGCUGACAGGUAGCGCAGCUUCACGGCGAAGGAGGGGCUCUUCCCCAAGACGCCUCUCCUCCACUCCCCUUCCAAAAGCAAAGAGGAGCCUCGACAGUGAAAUGUACCUGGAAGGUCUGGCCAGAUCCCUCGUUGCUUCCCCCAGCGCUUGUCCUGACAGAACAUCCCAGCCCUCGCCUGCUGAGUCUAGGCCUACCCCCUCCAGCGCAUCUCCCCGCAGCCUUCCGGAGCAGAAGGCGAGUCUUUAUCAAAAACAAGCUGAACUUCAAGACAGAAGUGAAUUUUCAAAUCUGGACAAGCUAACUUCUAAGGAUAAUGAGGAACUUGAUUCAUCUUUUGAAUAUGCAGGGGACAUGCCAAGGUCAUUUGAAGUGGAUGGGCUACUCCCCGCGGGCGAUAUGCCUCACGUGGACACCGUCUCAGCCGCCGUGCCCGCCAGGCCUGUCUCGCUUCAGUACACAAAUAUAGAUCAGAGACAAAUCGGAGAACCCGAGGAAGAAGAAAACAUAUGGGAACAGCGCACGAAAGAACGAAGACAGACAGAAGAAAGAAGGCAGAGUGAACGGCAAGAAGCUUUAGAAAAGGAGCGGAGAGAACUAGAAAAACUGGAUCAAGAAAGGAGGAUGAUUGAAGAAUCAUUGAAGAUUGAAAUGGAAAAAGAAUUAGAAGUGAGUGCUCAAGAAAUUAAAGACAAAUCUGUUUGUGGUGAAAAUCCUUUAGAGAAGUACAUGAAAAUCAUUCAGGAGGGAAGAGAUCAGAACUCAGCAGACAAGAGCUCAAAAAAGAUAAUUAUCAGAGAAGGCUCACCAUUGGAUACGCUGCCAUCUAGUGACAAAGACGAAAGUUUCACAGGUUUGUCUCAUGAAGAACCAGAUGACUCUUGGUGAUGUUUUGCUGCCCAGCUUCUUCCAUAUACCAAUGAGAAGUUACAUCAUGUUUAGGCCUAUGCUUUGUGAUAAGACAAAAUAAUCAAUAAAGAUUGU